CUUGUAUAUAAAUACACAAUCUCCCCCUUCUUUACUUCCAUACCUUCCCACAUAGCUUUUGCUAUAUAUACACACACACUUUCUCAUCAAACAAUAUUCCAAAUCUUUCAAAGUUCAUCCAUAUACUAAAAUUUCCUCCAUAUAAUAAAAAAACACAAAGGGAGAAAAAUAACUAUAAUGCCCCUUCUAAGACAUAGUUUCUUCUUCUCAUUCACUAUCAUCAUCUUUUCAUUUGUUGCUUGUAAUAGCAACUUGCAAAAGGACCCACAUAUUGCUACAUACGUUGAUAAUUCACCUUCCAAUGAUGAUGAUGAUGGUGGCACGUUUUUAUUCAACAACUUAAUCAAACAAAACACAAAUAAUGUUUUGAGCUUAAACAUGUUUGGUGGAACUUCAUCACAUAAGUUACAAAUUGUUAAUGUCAAUGAUUAUGGAGCUAAAGGUGAUGGCUAUACAGAUGAUACAAAGGCAUUUAAGAAGGCUUGGGAAGUGGUAUGUUCUUCAAGGGAAUCAGUUUUUGUGGCACCUCAAGAUAAUAAUUAUCUACUCAAACCAAUUAGAUUCUCUGGUCCUUGCAAAUCUAACAUAACAGUUCAAAUAAUUGGAAAUCUUGAAGCAUCAGAUAAACUAUCAGAUUACAAAGAAGAUAAAAGACAUUGGCUUAUAUUUGAUAGUGUUCAAAAGCUAUUAGUUAAUGGUGGUGGAACCAUUAAUGGAAAAGGAAACAUAUGGUGGGAAAACUCAUGCAAAAGGAACAAAAAGAAACCUUGCAAGGAUGCUCCAACGGCUCUAACAUUUUAUAAUUGCGAAGACUUAAUAGUUCAAAAUUUGAAGAUAGAAAAUGCACAACAAAUUCAUGUUUCAUUCCAAGAUUCGAAUAAUGUUACCGUUUAUGGUCUGAACGUGUCAUCACCUGAAGAUAGUCCUAACACCGAUGGAAUUCAUGUCACCAACACGCAAAAUAUCAAAAUCUCAAGCUCUGUCAUAGGAACAGGUGAUGAUUGUAUAUCAAUUGUUCAUGGAUCUAGGAACGUAGAAGCCACAAAUAUAACUUGUGGUCCUGGCCAUGGCAUCAGUAUUGGAAGCUUAGGGGCUGAAAAAUCCAAAGAAUUUGUUUCUGGUGUAAUAGUAAAUGGAUCUAAGAUUUCUGGAACUCAAAAUGGAGUUAGAAUUAAGACAUGGCCGGGAGGUUCAGGAAAUGCUAGCAAUAUAAAAUUUCAGAACAUUGAAAUGGACAAUGUGACAAACCCUAUAAUAAUAGACCAAAAUUAUUGUGACAAGAAAAAAAAGCCAUGCAAAAAAUCGAACUCUGCGGUCCAAAUUGGGGAUGUGUUGUACGAGAAUAUAAUCGGUACGAGUGCUUCUGAUGUGGCGGUAAAGUUUGAUUGCAGCAAGAAAUUUCCAUGCAAGGAUAUAGUAAUGAAGAACAUAGACUUGCAGUAUGAAGAAGAAGACGGAGAAGGUGCUAAGGCUUUAUGCAACAAUGUUGAUUUGUCUUACACAGGACAUGUUAGCCCUCGAUGCUACUCAUAAAAAUAUACAAAUAAUUGAAACCUAUGUACAUUAAAAUCAAUCAUGAAAAUAUUCAAUGUACAUAUAAUAUGAUCUUUAUGUGUUGAUACAAUGUAAAUUGAUACCAAUAGGACUAUAAUUUGUAGUGAAUAAUAUUAUUCUUUAAUCAUGAUUGUAAUAAAUUGAUGGUGCCACUAGUUGCAUCCAUAAGAUUAAUCA